UCUACUUUUGCUCUUCUUUUUCAAAAACAAUUAUUUAAUUUUUUUUUGAAGUAUGGCAAUUCUCUCUGAUUAUACUGAAGAAAAUCAAGAACAACCUAUGAAGUCUAUCGAAAAAGAACAAGAAAAAUCUUCUUCUUCAGCCCCAAAAGAAGAAGAAAAUUCAUCUUCACCCCCAAAAGAAGAAGAAAAUUCAUCUUCAUCCCCAAAAGAAGAAGAAAACAAGAAGCUAAAGCCAAACAAGUCCAAUGGUCUUGACAUGGAGAAUUAUUCAUGGGGACAAUCUCUUCAAGAAGUUACCAUCAAUGUCCCAGUUCCUCCUGGUACAAAAUCAAGAUUUUUGAUUGUUGAAAUCAAGAAUAAUUCCCUCAAAGUUGGACUCAAAGGUCAACCAUUAAUAAUAGAUGGUGAAUAUUUCAAAUCAGUAAAAGCUGAUGAAUGUUAUUGGAGUUUAGAAGAUCAGAAGGAAAUUUCAAUUCUUUUAACUAAACAAAACAAAUCUGAUUGGUGGAAAAGUUUAUUCAAAGGUGGACCAGAAAUUGACACACAAAAAGUAGAACCAGAACCAAGUAAAUUGUCUGAUUUGGACACAGAGACAAGGGCAGCAGUUGAAAAAAUGAUGUUUGAUCAAAGACAAAAGCAGAUGGGACUUCCAACAAGUGAGGAAAUUACAAAUAAAGAUAUGCUUAAGAAAUUUAUGGAACAAAAUCCUGAUAUGGCUAAGAAUUUUGCUAAUGCUAAGAUGAUGCCAAAUUCUAAGAUGAUGGGCAUGGGCUAAUUGCAUGGAAAUUCACUACUAAAUAUCACGAAUUAGCGACGGAUAAAUUCUGCAGCCUAACAAAAAAAUUCAUCUAGCAAUUUAGCGAUGAAAUUCGUAGCUAAUUCCAUUUUUUGGUAGUGAUUUUUUUAAAUCUCUAGUAGAUUUAGGUUUUUUUUUCAUACUAGUAUGAGAGAUUGGAAUGAUGGUUGGAGUAUUUCUUUGGAUUUCCUAGCGCUUUAU